UAUUAUUCAGCUGCUGAUAUGAUCCCGAGUUGGAAUUUGCUGUAAAACGUGUCAGGCGUCGCACCGGGUGUGAUGUUCUCUGACAGGAGACGUGAGCUAGGCUAGCCAACUUGAUAGCUAACGCCGCUUACCGCAAUGUCCAUUUGUUUUCCUCCAAAUGUUGUUAAACAUAAACAGUGCGAAGAUAAACGUGGAGGCUUUCUAGCGGGUUGCCAACCGCCUAGCUUGAGUUGUGCAGGUUUCUCUUGGCAUCGCUCAUAUCAUUUUUAACGGUUUCUGAUUUGAAUAAAAGCCAGCCAUAUGAGCUGUCAUGUUUUCUAACAUUUUUGUAAGCCAAUAUAGCCCAUAAAAUGACACAAAGGCUAACGCGACAGAUGACGGCAAAGUAAAAGCCAAAUCCCCCGAGCUUGGCUCACCCCAGCGCUUCAGGUGAAGGCUUUUUGGCGUUUCUUCGGAGAGCGGUUGCCACUCGCCUCGCCCGGAGAUGUCCUUGAGAAGAACGGAGGGCGUGUCCGUCGCACAGGCCUUGGCCAUGACGGUCGCAGAGAUACCCGUGUUCCUCUAUUCUACGUUUGGCCAGUCCAUCUUCUCGCAGCUGAGGCUGAGCCCGAGCUUGAAGAAGGUGCUGUUUGCGACGGCGCUGGGCAGUGUGGCCUUGGCGCUCACCGCCCACCAGCUGAAGCGGCGCGGCAGGAAGCGGAAGCAGGCUGUCCGCACCGAGGAGGACCGGGUGCCGACGGGCGUGCCCGAAGCGCUUCUCAGGACGGGGAGGCCGUCGUCGUUGAGGAAAGUUCCGCCGACGGGCCGACAGGUGAUGAGCCCCGGUACUCGCAGCAACGACACGCUGAGUGGCAUCUCCUCCCUGGCGCCCAGCAAACAUUCCAGCUCCUCGCACAGCCUGGCGUCCAUGCGAGUCGCGAGCUCGCCCAAUCAGUCGGCCAACCCGCCGACGCCCUGGGAGGCUGAGGAGGCUGCGGCGGGGGAGCCGUUGGCGGCGGUCGAGGACGCCAAUGCGGAGAAUCUCUACUUAAUGGGCAUGGAGCUGUUCGAGGAGGCCCUCCAAAAAUGGGAGCAAGCGCUGCAUGCUCGUCACACCCGCAGAAACUUGAGUUCCAGCAACAGCAGCUUGGCACUGCAGGGGGCACCGUGCGGGGAUGCUCCCACCAUGGAAGCGCACAACAAAGUGUUUGCCGACAAGCUGGAGACGCUGCUGCACCGGGCGUACCACCUGCAGGAGGAUUUUGGCGGCAGCAUUCCCACAGAAAGCCUGCUGGCUGACUUUGUAGAGAGCGAGGGCACGCUCAUCUUACCCCCGCUGGAGAGUUUCCGCAUGGCGGCAAGCGACGACGACGACGCCGCCACGGUCUCGUCCGAUGACUCCUUCUUCUCGGCCGUGGAGAUGUUUGACGCCAUUUCGCUACAAGACCCCUACCAGCUCCUGAAGCCCGCCGCUCUCUACGAAGAAGCUCUGGCUCGUGUCAGGGAGGACCGCGUGGCCUACAGGUCGCUGAGGACUGAACUACUUGAAUGUUACGGUGACCAGGACUUCCUGGCCAAGCUGCACUGUGUCAGGCAAGCAUUCCAGAUGCUGUUGCUGGAUGAGACGCACCGCACGUUCUUCAUGGAGACGGGCAAGCAAAUGAUUGCCGGCCUGAUGGUGAAGGCCAACAAGAGUCCAAAAGCGUUCCUGGAGAGCUACGAGGACAUGCUGCUCUACACUCAGCGAGAGGAGGCGUGGGCCGUCACCAAGAUGGAGCUGCAGGGCCGCGGGGUGGUGUGCAUGACCUUCUUUGACAUCGUGCUGGACUUCAUCCUGAUGGACGCCUUUGAAGACCUGGAGAACCCGCCCUCGUCCGUGGUGGCCGUGCUGAGGAACCGAUGGCUCUCGGACAGCUUUAAAGAAACGGCUCUGGCGACGGCUUGCUGGUCGGUGUUAAAGGCCAAAAGGCGACUUCUCAUGGUUCCCGACGGCUUUAUCGCCCACUUCUACGCGAUAUCGGAGCACGUGAGCCCGGUUUUAGCCUUUGGCUUUUUGGGCCCCAGGCAGCACUUGAGCGAAGUGUGUACCAUUUUCAAGCAACAAAUCGUGCAGUACCUCAAGGACAUGUUUGACCACGACAAGGUGCGCUUCACAACAGUGCAGUGCUUGGCAGAGGACAUCCUGAAACUCUCACACCGCCGCAGCGAGAUCCUGCUGGGCUACCUGGGCAUUGACGGCCUCCAGGAGCUCAACGGCGGCCCGCACGGCGACGUGCAGGGACCCUACUAAACUGCACCAGGUGUGUGUAAGGGACGGGGGUCAAUCUCAUCCCCCCUCCCACUCACUCGUCAGGUUAUCAGCUACUAUCAAGAAGUCCAUCACGGAACAGAGGACGCGUGUGACACGCGACCGGCAGCUCUUCAAACGUCAUCCGUAUGUACAGCAUAUAUCGCAGCACAACCCGUUGCUGCGCGUUUGUGCAUUUGAUAUGAAAUCAUUACCGAUUUCCAAGGAUGAUAAGUUGCCCUUAAAGUCGACUUGAAUCUCGUUGUACUGCAGCUAUUUAUUCCAGUCCAAUUGUGAGAGUGCGAACCGAACGCGUGUCCUCUGCUUUAGGCCAUCAAGCUCCUGUUGAAAGUUCAAAGCAGAGGUUGACGACCUGCGGGACACUUGGUCAAUCAAAUCCAAAACAUUUCAACCUACAAAUGCGUAUACACUACUCACAGAAAGUUUGGGAUAUUUGAGGGAAAUUUCAGGGUGAACCUAAAAUGCACUCUGACAUUUACAGGUCAGUGUAUAUUGACCGAUAAAUAUUGAUAUAUUUAUGAGAAAGUUAUGCAAAUGUUUGUAGUGGAUGAAAGCGACAAACCUCAUUCAGCUCCGCGGUCGCUGGUCAGUGCCAUGGUAAAGGUGUGAGUUCAAAGCAGGAGGGCUAUGUGUGGCUUGGGACGGCACAUGAUUGACACUGAUACAUAUCUUUACCUUUAUUCAUGCCAUAUGUGUUUAG